AUGGCGGCAUUCCUUACCGCAUUUGAUAUCCCCAACCCUGCAAACUCUGUCCACUCCGAUCAAGCUGCUUCAUUGGUCGAUCCCAAUUCUGGGCUGCCUAAUUCUCGCAGUUGCGUCACCUGCCGCCGUCGAAGAGUCCGAUGUGACAGGCACCAGCCUUGCUCCAACUGCGACCGCGCUCAGAUUCAAUGCGUCUUUCCGCCUCCGCAGCGUGCUUCUCGUCGGACGAGACAAGUAAACCACGACACGCCCGUAUUGAACCCUAGAGCUUCAGAGAUUGAACUCAUGAAGCGUCGUCUGCAGAAACUCGAGAACAUUGUUACCCAGCUCAGUGGACAUGUCGAAGUCAACAGGGAAACUUGCGACCCACGACCCUCCAGCGGGUACGUGUCUUCGAAAGUUACAGACCCUGAUGCGACCAAUAGUACGGGCGUUGCCAGCCGGCAAGAAUCGAAUAUCAUUGAAGGCGAGGCAGCUUGUGACGAAGAUGUAGCUCCAGAACUUGGCCGAACGGACCCGGGGCUGAUAGAGAUACAAAAUGCGGCGCUGCCGGCUGAUUUAGCCGACCAGUUUGGACGUUUGGUUGUGCACGACAAUGGAAGCACUGGACAAUACAUUAGCAGCGCUUUCUGGUCCAAAUUGAAUGACGAGGUAAAUAGAAAGGAACCCAUCCUUGCAAAUAUAGCCAUGUGUUUGACCAAUAUAUUCCAGCUUAAGCAUCUUCAUACCGAUAUGUAUUUCCUAAAUAGUGUUCCUGAUAACUGUCGGGAUAACACUUCCUCGAGCGAAUCUCCGAGACAGGCCUCGUGUGUGGUCUCAGAUCGCCAUAGCAUUCCCUUUGCAUUUGGUUCCAUGGACGUGGAUCUACAAGCACUACGCCCUAGAGAAGCAGAGAUAUCCAUUUUAUGGAAGACUUAUCGAGAAAACAUUGACCCUAUUCUCAAAAUCUUGCAUAUACCCUCCAUGGAAAAGGUAGUACGCAGAGCAAGGAGGAGUCCUAGCAGUCUGGAACCGGGGAGCGAAGCUCUUCUAUUCGCAAUCUACCACGCUGCCAUAGCGUCACUAGAGGAUGAAGAGGUGCAAUCGAAUUUCAAGUCAUCCAAGCCACACCUUUUAGGCAAGUACAGGUUCGCUUUAGAGCAAGCACUUGUCAGAGCCGAUUUUCUCAAUAUUCUGGACAUAACGCUUGUGCAGGCGUUUACCAUAUUUCUCACCCUCGUGCGGCGGCAAGAUAAUACGAGAUUUUGCUGGACUGCAGUAAGUCUUGUGAUAAGGAUGGCUCAGGGACUAGGAAUUCACCGUGAUGGGACCAAAUUUGCACUUGCUCCGUUUGAAGUUGAGAUGAGACGUCGACUAUGGUGGGCAAUUUGCACUCUAGACUUGAGAUCUGCAGAGGAGGCAGGAACAGCUCUCAUCAUAGGCAAUUCUUCAUUUGACACCAUGUUGCCAUUGAACAUCGACGACACUGACAUUAGCCCGGAAAAGAAGGAAUCGCCGACGCCAAGAGACGGUCGAUCAGAUUGCUCCAUUUGUCUCGUUAGGUAUGAGGUAUGCGCCGUUUCUAGACGCUUGUACUUUGCAAGCACCGAGCCACGGCCAGCUGACGCAGAUACCGUCGGACUGAAGUUGGAGGAGCGCGAGAAGAUGCUGAUUGAAGUCAAAAAUCGAGUGGAGCAAAAAUUUCUGCGAUACCAAGCUUUCACAGAGGACUCAUUGGGUUGGAUGGUGGCCAUCAUCGCACGCUUAAUCAUGGCCAAGGUAUGCUUGGCCAUAUAUCAUCCCGCCCUCUUCCCUGGUAUCAGUCCUGAACAGUCAAAAGAUAUGCGAGAUCGAUUGUACAUCUCAGCGAUUCAAAUCAUGGAGUAUUACCAUAUUCUGUCAACGGAUGGGCGCUGCCGGCAAUGGCGAUGGAUCAUACAAACUUACCGGCAGUCUCACGCUGUUGCCUAUGUGCUCAUGGAAACAUCUCAAAGGCCGUGGACGGCAAUGUCUGAGCGUGCCUGGGAAGCUGUAAACCUAUUGCGCCGCGACGGCGAAGCUGUGAAUUCCACCGCUGAACCGGAUCCAACCAUUGCGGGCGAUACCGCCGGCAUUCGCAUGCCUCUAGACCGACUCUUCACGAGGAUGGCGAGUCACCGACAAGCUGAAAUCCUACGCAUCAGGUCCAACCCUGUGUCAGCCCAUGAGUCAGAUGUUCAGGAGCGCAUGAGUGCGUUUUCGAAAUGGCUCGAUUCUGCCCCUGGCCUUGAGUCCAGGUUACAACAGAUAGACAACCGCUGGCGAAGGUUGGUCCAGCAAGAAGGCUCUGAACCUUGUUAUCCUUCCUCCACGACCCCCACGCCCUGGACUGAGCUACCCGCUAUGGCUACAUGGCAGCCGGAAGCUGCCGUUUCGUCAGGCCUAUGGGGGGAUCAGUUGCAGUUUCAGGAUGCUACGCAUUCUCUGAGCCUCAAUCCGCCCGAACAAUGGCUAUACGACUUCGGGACCACUAACAAUACAUCCUUGGACACAAACAGCCAUAUGGCUCCUUGUGCUUCUACUGCCAGUCAUGUUCCACUCGAGCCACUGGCCGGGAUCGCCAGCAUCCCGGAUACAAGAGUGGUCUCCAAUCCACUUAUCUCGUUAUAUGCUAAACAGACAUCACUAGCUUAUGGGGGAAACAUGCCGCCUGAUGAGUUCCGUCAUGACACGCAGCCGUGGUUAUGGCCUAGCUUUCCUCCAAUACCGACUGAGGAGACUGCCACAGGAGUAAUCAACAGAGAUGUAGGCACAAGUUUUAAUGAGAGUAAUUUGGAUGGCUGGCAAAGAAAUUUGUAG